CAAGGCCAAGGGUGCCAGCUUCUACAGUCUAAAGUUUCACUAGUUUCAGUAUAAACAGCAGAGUUAAACAAGGAUGUGUCCAGGCCCCAACCCUCUUUGGAAUACUAUUUUCACUGCUAAUCGACAACGCAUCUGACAAAUCCACCAAAGGCAUCUAUCUCCAUUCCAGAUUUGAUGGCAAACUCCUAAAUAUUGCCAGACUGAGGCCAAAACUAAAAUCAGAACCACCCUCGUAAGAUAUAUGUUAUUCGCGGAUGACGCAGCGGUAGUGGAACAACAUGCAAGAGGAACUUCAGUCACUAAUGUCCCACUUCUCUCAGGCCUGUAAAGAAUAUGGCUUGACUAUUAGCACGAAGAAAACAAAUGUUUUGGGACCACCUGCUACAGCACCACCCUCCAUCCUCAUAGACAAUAACAAGCUGGAUGCCAUAAACGAAUUCUGCUAUCUGGGAUCCACAAUUAAAGAUGACCUGUCUCUAGAAAAGGAGAUAAAAAAACGCAUAGGGAAUGCUGCCUUGACCUUCGCUAGACUCAGGCCAAGAGUUAGGGAAAACCAUAAGCUAACUACUGUGACCAAAAUGGAAGUCUAUAAGGCAUGUGUUAUGAGUAUACUGCUGUAUGGCAGUGAAUCAUGGACCACCUACACAAAGCAAGAAAGAAAACUGAACUCAUUCCAUUUGAGAUGUCUCCGUAGAAUCUUGAAAGUCACAUGGAAAGAAAAAUUGUGCAAUUCUGAGAUCCUUGCGCGAUCAGGUAUUCCCAGCAUCUUUACAGCCCUCAGACUACUCCGUUUGUGCUGGCUUGGACAUGUUCGCCGGAUGGAGGACAAGCGCAUCCCAAAAGUCAUCCUCUAUAGACAACUUGCAACUGGCACAAGAAAAACUGGUCACCCCCACCUCCAUUACAUAGAUGUAAUAAAACGUGACCUCAAAUUAGUGAACAUCAAUACUGACAAUUGGGAAGACAUAGCUCUAGACCGCACCAGAUGGAGAGAGACAGUGACCAAGAAAGCUAUGGACAGUGAAAGUACAUGGAUCUCAGCUCAGGAAGAAAAACCUACAAUCCAAAAAACGGCCAGCUCCUUUACCACCGAAGCAAAAGUGUCUCUCCAAAAUAGGGCUCCACAGCCAAAUGAGGAAGUGUGCUCUGAGAUGAACCAUAGUCACUCUACGACUGAAGGAGGCCAAUAAAGUAGUAGUACUAGAUCUAGUAGAGUUGACUAGAUCAGUGAAUGAGUGAGUAGAUCAUCAAAAGGCAAGGUAAUUCUCAUCAUUCAUUGUCAAUAAUAAAAUAUAGAUCAUCUUUCAAGGGCUAACGCUGUUGUCCUUUCCAGAAAAAGUGUUUAACCGCAUUCUUCUGAACCAAAUGAAAGAUGCUGUAGAUCCAUAUCUCUGUGACCUCCUAGCCGGCUUUUGAAAGGAGAGAUCAUGCACAGACGUUAUGAAUCAUUUUUGGAACACUCCAUGGCAUUGAACUCGCCUCUCUACAUCACUAUUAUAGACUUUGAAAAGGCAUUUGAGAGCGUGGACAGACUGACCCUCAGGAGACUACCUAGACACUAUGAAGUGCCAGAAGAAAAUUACAAGUAUUAUCAGUAAUGAGAGAGUCAUAGAUUGGGUCUUAAUGACAAACAGACCAGAACCAGCCAUAGAUUGGGUCAAAUAGACAUAAACAGACCAGAACCAGAAUAGUAUAUAGUGGACUUUGUGGAAACAGCUUCCCUGAUGAUCUAGCUCUUCUCUCUCACACACAACAGCAGAUGUGGGAAGAGAUAAACACUGUCACGGAUAACUAAGCUAGACUGUUUAUUACCAUAAAUUGAGGGAAGAGCCAUGUGUUCAGUAUAAAGGCACCCAAUGACUCACCCAAUCCACAUUGAGGUGCUGGAAUUAGUGGAAAGCUUCACCUAUCUUAUCAGUAUCUGAACAACCAUGCAGGAACACAAGAUGUGGGGCAGUUGGAGAGACUUGCCAAGAACCAAGACGCCUCGAGGAAGCUGGCUGGUGGCCUAUACCACAGGCGGGACCAAAGAAGAUGUCUAAUGAGAUGAGAUCAAAUUUGAGUUUUUCUCUAGUUCUGUUUUAUGAAAAUAAUAUCUCUACAAAGGUUUAGUUGACAAACUAUUUGGAACUACAAUCUAAUAAUGAGCUGUAACCAUACUGAUGUCAGAAGUGUGGUGAAAUAUCAGCACUGCUGUCAGAAGAAAAAGAACAACACAGUACUAUCAAGGUCUGUCAGAAAGUUAAAAAAAAAAGUGAGUAUUGUCACCAUGUUUGUCAAAAUUAGUCUGAGGUAAAAAAGUAAAGCCAAUACAAUCUCUAGAUUCUGUGGUGUAUUUUCGUGUCUGUACCAUAGUGUGAUUUGGUCACCAAUAAUAAAGGCACUCUAAUGAUAUUCUUAUAAUGAUGCUAAAUUGAUUUCACAUUUUUUUUUUUCAAUU